GUACGACUAUUUUCAUAACGAUUUGCAAUAUGGCGGACGAAAUUGACACCUUCAAUCCUUUUGAGAACGAAGAACACGAUGACGUUCCGAGAGAAGAAGCCGUCUUACCAGAUAGUCCUGGAGUAGAAGAUCACUCAGGGCAUUCCAUUGACUUGGACACUUCUUCAGCAGAGAAAAACACACCUUUCCUGGAGUCGUUCAGGAUUGGAGGGUAUGAGGAUGAUGUAGGCCAAGUGAAGGAUUUACAUGUGGCAGUUGAUGAUCCAGAAAAACAUGUGGAUGGCUAUGUCAGUUACAGUGUGACAACAAAGACCACAAGGGGACAAUUUGACCACCCAGAAUACAGUGUUAGAAGAAGAUAUCAAGACUUCUUGUGGCUGAGACAGAGAUUGGAAGAGAGUUAUCCCACACACAUAAUUCCUCCACUCCCAGAGAAGCAUUCAUUCUCGAAGCACUUUGAUCGCUUUUCACCUGAAUUUUUGAAAUCACGACAAAUAGCGCUCAACAAGUUUGUUAGUAGGAUUGCAGAUCACCCUGUGAUGUCCUUUAAUGACAAUUUCCAAGUCUUCCUUACAGCUAAAACAUGGGAACUAACAUCAGUCAAGAAACAGGGCCCAGGUUUGAUGAGUAGAAUGAGUGAUUCCAUGAAAAACAUGGCAUCUUCAUGGAUGUUGAAAAGCAGAGAGCCUGAAUUUCAAGAAAUGGCAGAUUAUACAAAAGCUUUUAGAGAAAAGGUGCUGGCCAUAGAGGCUGUUUCUGACAAGAUAGCAAAGGACAGAUUUGAUCUUCUAGAAAGCUACAAAGAGUACAUACCAAUCUUCAAUCUGUGGGCAGACGCCGAACAUAAGUUAGCGGAUCCACUGCAUGCCAUGGCAAGUGCCUUUGACAAGAACAGCUCUGCUCUAAAGACACUGCUAAAAGCUCAAGAUCCAAGAUUUAUGGAACCCAUACAUGAAUAUGUGCUCUACGCAGAUGCCAUCAAGAGCACCCUUAAACACCGUGAUACCAUUCACAUGGAAUACGAAGUAACUUUAGAAGAGCUGUCGAGGAAAAAAGCUGAAAAAGAAGAGCUUGAUAAAGGAACUGGUGGUAGACGCAGUUUUGGGUUUUUUAACAAAGACCCGGAGCAAGCGAAACAAGACAAACGAGAAAGAGUGGACUCCAGUAUAGAAGAGCUUUCAAAACUCGUCGAGGUGGGCAGUGAUCGACUCGAGUGCGCCAACGUUGAUCUGAAGGCGGACAUUGAACGGUGGAACAAAAACAAGAGAACUGAUUUUAGAGAACUAUUCACGGAGUAUUCAGAAAGACAUGUCACUUAUUACCAAGAGUGCUUGGCCGCUUGGCAAGAGGCCUUACAAAUUGUGACUGGAAGUCAGCAAGACCAAGAAUUGGAAGAGUCCUAAGUACUUAUUAGUGAAUCAGAAGAAAAUAAAAAAGGAAUUUAGCUCGGGGAAAUAAUUCGACGAUCAUCGUAGUUGGACUAGAGUGUGAUUGACAUCAAGGUUCUCGCAUCAUGUUCACUGAACACCACCUCUAUCGAUCUUUAUGCCAAACGAGGUCCACUCCUUUUCUGGUUCAAAUCUUCAGUACAGAAUAAGGGGAAGAAAAACUUUUGAAGAGUAAUAUGACGACAAAUUUUCUCUUGAUACUGAACUCACUUAAUAUUGAAUUGAAUUCUUUUUAUAAAUCGUGCGAAGCUUAGGCUGAAAAAAAACAUUCGUUCUCUUUCGUGCAAUUAGCGCGAAAUUUGAAUGAGAAAUAUAAUAAUAUUAUCGACAGUACUAGAGUAAGAAAUGGUCAAAAAAUUAAUUUCCAACGAAAAUCAACUCAAUGUUUACAAUUUUGAACGAUUACUGUGCAGCGUACACAGAAUAAACGUAUGAAGUUUUAAAAGUCUCCAUUGAACAAAUAGAUUCCAGGUUGCCAUGCGUCUGUCUAGUGAUAUAUCACAGAUCAACCUCGUUCCCAGGGUCUCUUGUCUUCCCUCCCCCUGGAGCGAGAGAGGGGCGGGGAGAUGAGAGACCCUGGGAACGAGGUUCAUCACAGAUGACGUAAAACUGUGGUAAGAAAAAAAAGUGGCAUGUAAGACUGCUGGCAAGUGUGUCACGUUGUUCUUACCACAUUUUGACGUUUUCUGUGAUCCAUUUUUUGAGAGAGUGUACAAUUGCCGGCCUUUCUUCCAUGUCUUCCCUCUGUCUUUAUUUUUUACCCAAAAUAAGGGAGAGGCCAGGGCCCCCCUGGGCCCAUUCCCUAGAUCCGCCACUGGUUACUGAACAGACCUACGGCAACAUGGAAUCUCGCUAUUUGUUUUACAUUACUUCGAAGCAAAAUUUUGUCACUCGCGACGUUACUCUUUUGAGUCUGUCCUUCAAUAGAUAAUAUGAACCAAUCGAAAUACGAAUGAUACUCGACAUAUUAUGUAAACUAAAAUUGACAUUGUAGAGCGUUCUACUUUUCCGUACGUACAAGUUGAGCUAGGAAUUGAUCAGGUCUUUACAUCUUCGUUCCUUAACAGUAGUAAAUAUUCCAAUGAAUAGGUGAAUCAAGUUUAUCCAUAAUUUGUCGGUUUCAACGAUAUCUUAGGCUGCUGUGAAAUAGCGAAUAUUGCAAGUAAACGCUUUUGUUUGGACGGUUGGAAGGGUAAUUGAAAAGUAGUUGAUCCACUUAUCUAUUACAAGCCGAGAGGAAGAAGCGGCGAAUGGAAAGGAAACUACAAUGA